CCGGCGACUUCCCCGGUCGCCGGCUCCAACUCUUCUCCCCCUGCUGCCACCGCUUCCCCCGGACUCCGCCCCUCCUGACGCGCCGUCUCCCCCGGCCGUCGCCGCCUCCCCUGCCGCCGCCGCCAGCUCGCCUCCCCGGCCGCUCGUGGAGCAGCAGGGCUCGUUCAGGCGCCGGCAGCGACGGCGAGCAGGAGGGUUCUCUGGCUGAUACAGGGAAGUUGCUUCAGUCUCUCUACUCAUAUUUCUCUUGUGAAGAUGGCGUCAGCAGCAAUCUACAGCCUUUUCAUCAUUAACAAAUCAGGUGGCCUUAUAUACUACAAGGACUAUGGCUCAGCAGGGAGGACAGACACCAAUGACAGUCUACGGUUGGCAAGUCUCUGGCAUUCCAUGCAUGCUAUCUCACAGCAGCUGUCCCCUACACCAGGCUGUGAAGGCAUUGACCUCCUCCAAGCCCACAACUUUGAUCUCCAUUGCUUUCAGUCCCUCACAGGGACAAAGUUUUUUGCUGUAUGCGAAACUGGUGCUCAAAAUAUCGAGAUUCUACUGAAAGUCAUAUACGAGCUCUACACAGACUUUGUUCUGAAGAAUCCAUUCUACGAGAUGGAGAUGCCGAUUCGCUGUGAGCUUUUUGAUCUCAACCUGGCUCAGAUCAUUCAGAAGGACCGAGUCGCGCUUCUGGGUAGAUGAAACAUGAAAGAUACAUAUGAUGCACCAUGUCUUUGUAAUUUUCGUAUUCCUGCACCGACUUUGGAUUUGCUCAGGCACAAACCAAUUAUUCCUUUGUAUGUGUUGCUGAUAACUAAGGGUUACGAAGCAAUUUGGUGUUGUAGAUGCUGGUAUAAUUUUCUAUAAAUUUGGUCAAGUUUAAUAAUAUUUGAUUUAAGACAAAU